AUGGAGCAGGGGCCGUUUGAUAGUGAUCAGGUAGAGCUGCAAUGGUGGGAUCAGCUUCCAUCAGUCCCAGCCGUAACCAGUCUACUUCUCCGGCAACAGAACCGCCGGAGAUGGAAGCUGGAUUCGCUGGCACAUAUGUUUGCCCGGUUUCCCAGACUCCAGGAAGUUCACUACGAACCCUGGAGGGAAUGGGACUUGUACCAGCGCCAUACAGAUGGAGGUUACCAAUACCUUUUCGAGUCCAUCCAACAUUCCAACAUAAAUCUCAAGGAACUUGUAGUCUUUGAGAACUUUAAUCAACAGUACCCAGUUACUAUGCGGCGAUUCAUAGAUGGAGUCGAACAAACCGGAUGCGACAGGAUUCGCAACCCCGACCCAGCUGUUGGCAAGAUGAUCGCACUCACCAGCCUCAAGCUUGAACAUCUCGCAGCAUCCUUCAUCGCAGGUGCUAGCCACUUCUUCGAGAUCCGUCCCGCUUGGGAGUGGCCGAACCUGGCCUCGCUUGUUCUCACUUCAAAAUUACUCACGCCCGACGAGAACUCGACCAUGAUUGGAGCGAUGCUUCGGGCAGCGUCGGCAGCGGCUAUGAAGAUGCCCCGAUUAGAAACAAUGGAGAUUUGGAAUGGACGAAAGGGGCUAGCAGCGCUCUUUAGGUAUCAGGCGUUCCGCAACACACACCAAGCUGUGAUUGUGUGGCGAGGCACAUGGAAGUUGGCCAUGGAACCAUCCACCAUCCAGGCUUGGGAAGCUUUGAUGUAUCAGUAUAAUGGUUGGAGACUCGAUUUGGUUCAGGAACAGCUGGAUGAAGCUGCCAUCAAGUCUCACGGGGAUGCAGUUCACCACUUGAUACUUUCAGGCCAGGUCAUUCGGCCCAUUUCGUUAUGGCAGAUCCAAAGAGAACAGGAAGCCUUGGAGGGCGUAGACACUGUAUGA